ACCGUUGAACUUUAAAUAAUCACAAGAUGAAUCAAGUAGUGUGUUGCACCUUGAAAGAUAAGUGAUAAAUUACCAUAUUAACCACUCAAAAGCUUUUCUUUUCUCCACCAGUGACAUGACCCUCUAAGCGAGCCGAGGUUCCAGGAGAAAGAAAAAAAUUGUAUGACUACAGAAGAAGGAGCAACGAAUUAAAGCGAGAGUGAAAGCGAAAGUAUAAACUCAGACACGUUACGGUUGCGCAGCUCCUUUUCUCUGAAAGGACAACAAAAAGAAAACGAAGAGAAGAACAAGAAGAAGCAGCAAGGAGCGCAACAACCAUGACGAAUUUCUGGUCAAUUUGUAAUAUCUUUCUGCUUUGCUGCUUGGUCCAAGCCUGCCACAGCCACUCCUGUCCUGGGCUGGAGUGCUGGUAUAUGAACGAGAAGGCAGCUGGAGGUCUAGCGGCGCCCCCAAGCCAGGUGAAGUCGCUGCUUCGCAUCAAGACGAAAGGCCACCGCACAGCCAGCCUCGAAGAUUUGACCGAUCCCAGUAUCCUGAGAGUCUACACUGUCGCCGAUCCGGAGGCGACUCUGUGUCACCGCUCACGCAGAAGCUCAACCCGCAAGCCUCAUUGUGAGCUCAGCCGCUUCCAGCCGCAGUACUCCGCCCUCUCGUGGGCCUCCAGCCUCUCAGAUGAGCUCAGCCCUAUAUACCUGCAAGCCGACUGGUUUUCUGCCACUGUUCAGGACCUGGACGAACGACGCGGCACGGCCAGCAUCAUGCGUGCCCCCACCGAAACCAACGAGCUGGACGUGGUCCUCAGCGUGACUACCACAACGGUGGUGCAGUCCAGACUCGGUGAGCCGGUGCUGCUGCAAUGCCAGUUCUGGGCCAACCCCGCAUCUCCCCUAUCUGGAUCGGGCUUUGCCGUGGAGUGGCGCUACCAGUCCCACGGCAGCGGACGACUGCUUCUGGCCUAUGACGGAAAAUCGGACCGGGUAUUUGACUCCCCGGAGGAAGGCAUGAAAAUGGACUUUGAGGAGCUGCACCGAAAUGGCAACGCCUCCCUGGUGCUGCAGGAAGCCCAAGUGCACCACUCCGGAAUGUACAUUUGCAUGGUGUACCUGCCACAUCUUCUCGCUCAGGUCACCAUUCAUCUGGAGGUUGCAGAACCUCCUUCCCUAUCCAUCCACCCGUCCCCGUUGCCCCUCACCGCUCCGGGCCAGAGUUUGACAGUCCACUGUGAGGCCUCAGGUUUCACCCCCCAUUCCCUGGAGCUGAGCUGGGACUUGAAAGACCCCGAUGGCAAGACCAGGUCGUUGGGACCCGGUCACCUUACGGGCCACAAGCAGGCCUGGGACGGCACCUACAGCCAAGGCACCCGGUUGGAGCUCAACACGUCUGAUCCGGAGCUGGGCCGCGGAGGGGAGCUCACCUGCGUCGCCAAACAUCCCGGCGGUACACGUCGUGCCAGCGUGGCACUCAGAGUCAUCGGCUUCAGCACACCAUCCUUGGAGGACUCCAUGAUGAUGUUGGCCGUGGCCCUUGUGCUCUACGGCCUCAUCAAGUUCGUCUCUUGGCUCUUCCUCCCCUCAGGUCCAGCUGAGGCAGUGGAAACAGAAAAGAAAGAGAAUUGAAGAGACUUACCCACCUUGUCACCCUACACUGAAGAAUCCAAAUACAAUAAGUCAUUUUAACAAAUUGGACUUUUUACUUGUUACUCAUUAAUUUUAUUGUGACAACCUGCAAGAUUUGUUUUGUAAAUACAAUGUUUUCUCAUUUUUUUAACUCCCUCCACACAAUAAUUAUCAAUGUUUCGGUGUGUGUGUGUGUUCUUUUUAAAUUACAACCAUAUUAAAACAAGGAAUAAAGGUGUGUUUUAGU